CCCCUUAAACUACCUCACACUCGGAUCAAAACUUCUCUCUCUCUAUCGUUCUUUAGCUUUGAUUAAAUGCCUCAAGUCGUUUCUUCAGUAUGUGCCGGUGGCUCUGACGGGAAAAUCUCAUGCGAGACUCUCGCCGACGAUAACGAAGACUCAACUCAUGACCCGAAGAUCCGACCCGUUUCCAUCUCCUCCGUCGAUUUUCCACCGGAAUCUUAUUCCUUAUCAAAAGAAGCUCAGCUCGAAUGGCUAAACGACAACGCCUUCUUCGAACGCAAAGAAUCACAAAAAGGAAAAUCAUCUGCUCCAAAUUCGAAUUCGAAUCCCAAUUCAAACCCUAAUUUGAGCUCUCAACGAAUCUCACUCAAAUCAAAAGCGUCGAUCAUCAGAUUACCGAAACCGCAGAAGACGUGUUUCAACGAAGCAAAGAAAAGAAGAAAUUGCAGAAUUGCGAGGACUCUGAUGAUCCCGAAACGGAUCGGGUCGAGAUUGAAAUCGGAUCCUUCGUUAUCGGAGCCGUGUUCUCCGAAGGUUUCUUGUAUCGGAAGAGUUAGAUCUAAACGUGAUCGUAGCCGACGAAUGCAGAGACAAAAAUCCGGUCGAACCGAUUCGUUUAAGGAUAAACCGGUUCGGGUUAAGAAACCUGGUUUUUUCGCUAGCUUCAGAGCUAUUUUCAGAACCGGAGGCGGUUGCAAAGACUUAUCGGCGAGUGGAGUUCACGCGCCGCGGAGGGACGUCGUAGUCUCUCCGCCGAGAGUGUCUGUGAGAAGAUCGACGGAUAUUAGAGGAAGGCUUCCGCCGGAAUACGUCGGGAAUUCCUCGCCGCCGAGGAAUAGUACCGGUUCGAGAAGAUCAUCAAUUGACGGUGGUGAACCGGUAUUGCCUGGUUUAGGUGGGAUGACUCGGUUUACUUCGGGGAGAAGACCGGAUUUGUUGGUUGACGUUUGACGUGGCGUGACGUGCGGCGUUUUCUGUAUUGUUAUUUAUUUGUGUAUAUGUGUUUUGUUGCUUAGAGAGGAAUAGUAGAAUGUAAAAGAUACUUGUGAUGAUCAGUUAAUAAUGUGUUAGACAGAUGAGCCAAUGUUCCAUAUUGUUGAUAUUGCUAAUAAAAGAACCAACCAUUUUUACCAUUGUGCCACCACCUCUUUGGUCACUAUUUAAGUCUUGAUAAAGACAGUUUCAUUAG